UCGUCAAAUAAACCGUAAAAAUUAUGAAGAAAAUCUUAUUUUUCUUGUAUUUCUGCUGCAAUUUAGCCCAUGGGCUCACCCGACAGGAUUUGUUGGACCAUUUAAAAUAUGCACAAGAAACCCGUAACACUUUUGACUCGAGAAUUCGACAAGGAGACUAUAUGAAACCUAUCGGUUAUGUUGGCGGAAAACCAAUCUGGCCGAGGGUCCUGGAAAGGGUCCGGUCUACCGGUGAGCUGUUUUUUGACGACGAUAAUGUGGCAUACGUGGUUCACGACCGCAAUCCGGCAGGAAUGAUCCGAAAAAUGGACAAGGAGAAAAAUUUCGACACCGUCAUGCAAUUUUUGGAACGAUAUACUUAAAAAGGCGACGUUAAAUAUAAAAUUUUAAUAAUGUGAAUAAUAAAUAAUUUCAAAUUGU